AUGGGGUCCCCCACUGACAAAUUGCCCCCAUGGGGUAAAGACAAAGUAGCAAGCAAGUGUAAUCGUUGCUCAGUUGACAAGAAAUAUUGUUAUUGUGGAAGUAGAACUAUAAUUUGUUGGAAUUGGGAAGAUGUUGAAUAUGGGGAAUAUAAAUA